AGAGGAAGAGGAAAGGAAGAAGAGGAGGAGAGGAAGAAAAGCCCAAAGCCAAGUCCAAACCCAAACCUCAGUCCAAACCAGUGCAGUCAAAAAAGCAAGUAGUGAAGGCUGUUGUAAAGAAAAGUGUUGCCAAAGCACCUGUGGAGAGUAUUGCAAAAGUUGUUUUAGAAGCAGUUAAGGCAAAUGCAGAUAGAAAAGGGAUUUCCUAUGCUGGUAUCAAGAAGUACCUAAUGGCACAGUACCCAGACCGAGACUGGUCCAAAAAGGACACUAUCUUAAAUCUGCUCUUAAGAAGGCAAUUGAGGAGAACAAUCCUAAGAACUAAGACAAGUGCAGAAUCGUCUGGAGUACAUGGAAGAUUCAAGUUCAACAGGGAAUACAAAACCCUUAACCAGGGUGAGAAGAAACCAAAGAAGAAAAGAAUCCCAAGGCUAAAAAGGAAAGUGCAGCAAAGCCUGAUAAAGAGAAGGCAAAGCUUAAAGCAAAAGAAAACACACAGGGAACUAAAACUGGCAUUAAAAAGACCACACCCAAAGGAAAGACCAAAGAUAAAGCAGCUCCAAACACCAAGAAAAAGGUGCCAAGUGAGAAAGAGAACAAAGUACCCCCAAAGCCAGUAAGGUGAAACA